AGGACGCGACGGUGUUUUGGUCUGACGUCAUCAAGCGGCGACUCAUCCCGGUUCCGCAGAAUAGAAAAGCUAACACCAGCUGCAGAUGGACUUCACAGAGUGCUACUCAGACACGGUGUCCAGUGUUGCUGCUGCAGCUCGGUGUGGCAGCAGAAGGCAGGUCAGGAGGCUGAUAGAGCGCGGCGGCAGCAUGGACUGUCGAGACAACCGGGGCUGGAACGCUCUGCACGAGGCGGCAGCAGCCGGCAGUAGGGAGUGUGUGCAGGAAAUACUGUCUGCAGUCGCCGCCCGUGUCUCCAGGCGUGGUGAUUAUGUGAACUCUUUAACUCACGAGGGCGAGUCRGCGUGUUACCUGGCGGCACAGCGAGGACACCUGUCUGUGGUUCGACUCCUCCUGAAGGCUCACGCUGACAUCAACCAGCUGACUAAUGACUUGUCCUGUCCUCUGUACGCAGCUGUCGACCACGGACACCAGGAGGUGGUUAAGCUGUUGAUCAGCAGAGGAGCAGAGGUGGACCGAACUCACACGGCUUCCUGUUGGACCUGCCUUCAUCAAGCUGUUUACAAGGGUCACCGUGAGGUCGUGCAGAUUCUAGUUAACGUUUGCAACCUGGAGGCUCUCGACGACCACCGGAUCUCCCCUCUGUUUGUGGCUGCGCAGUACGGCCGGACGGAGUGUCUGCAGAUACUCAUCAGUGCUGGUGCUUGUGUGAACACCCAGGCAGCUGAUCUGGCCACGCCGCUGUUGAUCGCCUCUCAGGAGGGCCACCGGGCCUGCGUGGACCUGCUGCUGGACCACGGUGCUGAUCCRAACAUGGCCUGCAGCCUCGAGUGGCCUCAGCUUCCUGUUCAUGCUGCGGCUGAGUUCGGACACAUCGGGAUCCUCAGGAGGCUGAUAGACGUCACGGAUCGGUCAUGUGACCGUGGCGACGGCAUGGUGAGCCCGUUGUACGUGGCCAUCAACGGUGAUCAGACCAGCUGCAUCCAGCUGCUCCUGGAGGAGGGAUUCAGUCCAGAUGCUCAGGACUGCACGCAAACCCUGGGCUUCUGUUCUCCGCUCUCCCUGGCGUUAUUUCAUUCAGAAAACAAACCGCGCAGUGACUCAGUAAAGCUGCUGCUCGCUGCAGGAGCAACCUUGGGUGCAGAAGAAUGGACGUAUGUCUUGGCCACAGACAGAACAGACCUGCUGGAUCUGGUUCUGGACCACCGGUGGAUCCCUCGGCCCGAGGCUUUAACCUCAGACCCUUCUUCAUCACGUCAUCAUCAUCAUCAUCAUCAUCAUGAGAAGACGGCGUUCCGGCUGCAGGAGCUGAGGGAACUGGUCUGCGUGGCUCUGAGUCAAGAACGUUUUGCUACCUGUUGGCUCCCUGUGGUCUUGAGGGCCGGACUGGACCCGUCUUUGCUGCUUCACCCUCACAUGCUGGAGCAGGCAGACKGCCAGGUGUUGAACUACCUGCUUCAGUUUGUGAACUGCUCCACUCUGUCUCCUCCUCUGAAGCUGAUUCUGGAUCAGCGGCGGGCAGACAAGUCCUGGGAUCCGUGCCCUAGUUUUGAUUCGGUUCCUYGUCUGUCCCACAUCUGCCGGCUGAAGAUCAGAGACGUUCUGGGACCAGACCUACUGAUGAGGACAAACGUGGUCCAGCAGCUGCCCAUUCCCUCCCUCCUUCAUGAUUUCCUUAAGUUCAGAGAUGCUCAGGACCUUUCCUAYCUGCACACACCUCCCUCACCUGUUAUAAAUCGAGUUCAGAGAUACCGCAGUGCGCACCAACACCAACAUGUUCUGUGACAUCAUCGGGUUUCCUCAGGUUUUCAUUUAAAAAUCACACACAUGUUAAAACCCAUACUUUUAUUUAUUUAAGUCCCAUAAAAAUAAAAUUUAUGUUUGCAA